UCAAAUUAAAAAAUAUAUAUAACACUGCCGACUCCGAUGCAUCCGGUCCCCGGCGACGGGCGCCGUCCGCUCGCCGACGUCCGUGAGCGGACGGGGUCCGACGACGGUGAGCGGACGGGGUCCGAUGACGGCGAGCGGACGGGGUCCGCCUCAGGCGAGCGGACAGGCAAAAAAUUCCAGGAAAGUCAGUGGGGUUUACCUGCUUCGCUGGUCCGACGAUGGGGUACGGCUGCCGUCCAGUGCCCGGCGAAUUAUGCUGACGAGAUUGGUCCGGUGGCCGGCGACUUAGGCUGCCGUCCGGUGGCCGUGAAUCUGGCUGUUGUGUUUGUGGGAAGUUGGUGGUCGGGACUCGGGUAGUGUGUUCGUGUUUAAAAAACCAUUUCAGCGAAUAGAAUAUAAAGAAAAAUUUGGAGGGCAAAAUUGUCUUUUUAGUGUUUUUUACGGGCGGCAAAUAGUAACCCUAAAAAAAUAUUACAAAGACUAGACCAAAUACUACACGGUUGAGAUUAGAUCACAUCUAUGCAGUAUGAUCUGGUACGAUCUGACUAUGCAUAUUACAUUGUACGAAAAAUGAACAGUUUGUUUAGUC